AUGAAACAAACUAAAAAUAUUUAGCAAAAGCUUAUUGAUGUCAAUUUUUUGAAAGUUUAGGAACUAUUCAUGGUAGAUUUAACUUUAAUAUAGGUAAAUUAGUUUUACUACAAAAAGUAUAGCUAAAUGAGUCUCAGAUUUCCAUCAUUACCUUGUAUGUCUUUUAAAUAUUAAGGAGGCUAAGGUUCUAUAGGAUCCUAUUAGUAAAUGAUAGUCAUCCAAGAUGAAUAAAUAAAUGCAAAUUUCGAAUAAAUUUAAGCUUAUUUUAGCGGUUUUACAACCAAUAUUUUAAGAGACACAGGCAUCUAAGCCGAAAUUAAUAAAUAUAUGGAAGAAAAAAAAUACUAUGUAAAAGGAUAAGACUGA